UAGCAACAUGUAGGUAUGCAGUAUACCCAGCAUUUUUUUUUUCAUUCGGAACAGUUUUACAGGGCGUCAGCAUGUAAAGCGAUUGGGCAACUGGAGAGGCGACGCCAGAAAAAAAUAAAACGCCAAACAGUGCAGGCCCUAUUAUCGUGGCAUGGUGCAGUUCAUUUUGCGGAAAUGAUUUACCUGAAGUCGCGAACGGGACGGAGUAACUAACUAAUGGAGAACUUCGCGGAGGAUCCACGUUUCGUGUUUCGCGUUGAUGAAGAGGACUCCACAUCAACAAAUUAAACUCUGGAUCCGUCCAAAGUUUUUUGGGAAGGAAACAGAUUAAGGACGAAGGUUCUAAGGGGGGCGCUGCGCGAGCGCGAGCCGGCGGCGUUACGGGGAUGUCCCUGCAGCGCUCGGUGGGGGACCUGGUCCCCCAGGACAUCGCGGAGAUCCUGGCGCGGGAGCGGCACGGCAGCAAGGGCCGGAAGCGCCGCGGCGGCUCGCUGGGCCGCGCCUUCCGCUGGCUGAAGGCCCGCCGGAAGAAGAAGGGCGCGGCCGCCGGCGCCGGCGGCGCCAACGGGCUGGCGAGGGUGGCGGGAGACGGCAGGGUGGGGAAACACGCCCACCAGCACGGCCACGACGCGGCCAAAGGUCUUCCUAAACAGGAGCAGGAGACUAAGCCCAGCCUCUCUCCGCUGUACCCAGAGAAUGUUUUCGUCGAGGUCGACCGGCCUCAGUUCCUGCAGGACCUGCACACUGAGGCCCAGGAGGGGCUCAAAAUCCAGCAGCAGGAGGAAAAUGGAAUGGACUACCAGGAUGACGAGAGCAUGGUUUCUACGGCAACCCUGCAGACGGGGGAUGACACCAGCCUGGCCAGCAGCAUGAGAACCGUGGGGUCCGGGGACACCACCGACGCCAUGUCAUCCGUCUCCACGGUUUCCGGCGUUUCUGCCGUUUCCCCGGUUUCCGAAGUCUCUGCCGUUUCCGUUGCCUCCACUGCUUCCACCAGGUCCUCGCGCCUCACGCGGUCAGGGCUCACCAGGCAAGGCUCCACCUUCAAGCCCCUGAGUGGCAGCAGGAGGCCAGAGAAGAGCAGGAGGCGCAGCAAGCGGGCCACGGUGGCGGGGAUCCCCCAGCACAUCCAGAUGGAGCUGAGGCUGGACAAGGAGCGCUGGCAGACCUCGCCCACGGAGGGGCAGCUGCCGAACGGGCAGGACGUGGAGGAGGAAGUGGACGUGCUGCCGGACCCCGGCGGCACCCCGGAGGGCGUGCGGAUCCACCUGGCGGCGCUGGAGGGGCUGGAGUCCGCCGAGGAGCAGCAGCUGCUCCGGCGCCACCUGCAGGCGGUGUACCGCGACGACCUGGCCAUGGCGCGCACCGCCGGGCCCCGCCUCUCCCCGGGCCGCCGCGUCAAAUCCGUGGCGGUCCCGGGCUUGACCACGGCCGCGUCCGCCACCCUGUCCGCCGCCCCCCCGCCCGCCACCAGCCCGGCGGACCCCUACCCAUCCAGCCCGGUCAUGUACAUCUCCCCCCAGGCCACCUACAUGUCCAAGAUCAUCCCCAACGCCGUGCUGCCCGGCGACGUGGACGUGAUCGAGAUCAGCAGGAAGGGGCGGAGCCGGGGCAGCAUGCGCACGCUCAGCAAGACCAGCCUGACCGCGCCCAGCCCCGCCCUCUCCCGCGCCUCCUGGACCGGCUCCGACUCCUCCCACACCGUCGUCUCCGACUCCUCCACCAUUUCCUCGGGCGGGGGGCGUGGCCGGCGGAAGAAGCAGGGGGCGGGGCCUGCGGGCGGAGCGCAGCCGGCCAGCCCGGACCAGGUGAGCCUGCACAGCUCCAUCAGCUACUCCAGCAACAUCACCUCCGUCAGCCAGGUGGGCGGGGACAGCCGCAGGAGCGACGCCUAUUUCGGGCGGAGCCUGUCGGUGAAGAAGACGAAGAAGGACCCGCCGGCCCCGCCCCGCCGCACCAACUCCCUGCACCCCAACAGGCAGAGGCGGCGCUCGCGGGACGUGCCGGACGCCCCCGCCCCGUCCCCGAGCCUGGCCUACUCCGCCGACCAAUCGCAGGUCUCCUCCUCCUCCUCCUCCUCCUCCACGGUGGCCAGCCUGCCCAAGAUGCAGGGUAACGGGUUCCACAGGACCCUGUCCCCCUCCAGCGGCUACUGCAGCCAGAGCCCCGUGCCCACGCUGUCCCCCUACUCUGGAAACCCCACCCAGCAGCGAGCUCCGCCCGCCCUGCCCAAGGCCUCUUCUCUCAUGACGGCCGUCCUCGGUUUUGGGGGCGCCCCCCCGGACGUUCCAGCGCACCCUAAAGUGAAGGCGCCCACGCCCCCGCCCCCCGAGACCUGGAUCCACGACCAGCGGAGCUUCGACCUGCUGUGCGGCCCCCUGAGCGUGCAGAGGAACCUCUUCGUGGCCCUGCAGAAGGUCCGGCUGGAGAGGCAGCGGAGGCAGGCGCAGUGCCCCCUGGUGGCCGGAGGGGAAGCUUCGGCAGCGGGCCAGAGGAAAGAACCGCCCCCGGUCAUGAAAAAGACCGGCUUGGUUAAAACGGAGGUGCUCAAACACGCCGGUCCCGCGGCGGUGAGGAAGGGUAGCCCGCUGACGCAGGUCUAUGUGCAGACCCCGCCUCCUUCUCCUCCCCCCGCCCAUCACCCCCCGCCCCCUCCAGCCAAGGAAACGCCUCCCUCCUCGGUAUCGGAUUCGGCCUGGCCCCUCCCCCCGCCGCCCGCGGUGGAGCUCCUGCCGGCGGCCGUGUUUGAAGGGCCGGACGAGACCGACUUCCUCCCGCCCCCCCCUUUGCAGGAGGGAGCGGGCAGCCCCCCCGUCUCGGCCAACGUUCAGCUUGUGCCCCCCGUGAAAACGACGCCGCUGGUAACGGCGCCCCCCACAUUGGUUACCAUAAAAUCCAUGCCACCGGCUGCCCAGGAAGGCACGCCACCCGCUGCCAUAGUGACUGCUGUCAAGGCGAUUAUGCCCAACAACACAGCAAAGGUGACCCAGGCAUCGGCUGAGCCAGGAAGACCUCCUCCCUGUAGCACCAAUUCGCUAGAAAUGUCACUUUUACUACAGGGAAUCCCUCCCCCUCCAAAGGAAGCCCCGCCCCCUCCACCAGAUGCUCGAUCUGUACUACAGGGAGUCCCUCCCCCUCCACUGGGAAUUCCACCCCCUCCACAAGAAGCCCCGCCCCUUCCACCAGAAACCCGGCCUGUACUCCAGGGAGUCCCUCUCCCUCCACUGGGAAUCCCUCCCCCUCCACAAGAAGCCCCGCCCCCUCCACCAGAAGCCCCACCUGUAACACUGGAAGUCCUGCCCCCUCCACAUGAAGCCCCACCUGUAACACAGGAAGUCCUGCCCCUUUCACAGGAAGCCCCAACUGUACCACAGGAAGUCCUACCCCCUCCACAGGAAGCCCCAACUGUACCACAGGAAGUCCUGCCCCCUCCACAGGAAGCCCCACCUGUAACACUGGAAGUCCUGCCCCCUCCACAUGAAGCCCCACCUGUAACACAGGAAGUCCUGCCCCUUUCACAGGAAGCCCCAACUGUACCACAGGAAGUCCUGCUCCCUCUACAGGAAGCUCCACCUGUACCACAGGAAGUCCAGCCCCCUGCAGAGGAAGCUCCACCUGUACUUCAGGAAGUCGUGCCACCCACGCAGGAAGCCCCACCUGUACCACAGGAAGUCUUGCUCCCUCCACAGGAAGCCCCGCCUGUACCACAGGAAGUCCUUCCCCCUCCAAAGGAAGCCCCUCCUGUAACACUGGAAGUCCUGCCACCUCCACAGGAAGCCCCACCUGUUCCACAGGAAGUCCUUCCCGCUCCACAGGAAGCCCCUCCUGUACCACAGGAAGUCCUGCCACCUCCACAGGAAGCCCCACCUGUACCACAGGAAGUCCCACCCCCUGCACAGGAAGCCCCACCUGUACUUCAGGAAGUCCCGCCCGCUCCAGAGGAAGUCAAAACUUCAUUCCCAGCGGUGCCCACUGUGCCCCCACCUCCUCCGGCCCAGCCUUUGGAGGAGCAGACCCCUCCCACCUGUCCUGCAGAACCUGGCCCAACCAAUCAGGAGACUCAGAGCAGAGAGCCACAGCCAAAGAGCAGCCCUACUCCGAAGCGGGACGCCCGCGUUCCCAUGACUACGUCCACCCUGAUGCAGAUGGUGCGUAUGCGAGCAGGCGAGUCCACUGGAGCCCCCGUUCAGAACAGCAAGCCCAGGGACGCUGGGGAAAAACCGGGCCAGGGCCAGAACCAGAACCAAAACCAGGCGGAUGGACAGAGCGCUGCUGAGAAGCCCAAGACCCUGCCUGUAACAGCUCCGCCCCCCACCAUCAACUACCCACCUCCCGCCACUGGCUCCGCCCCCUCCAUGAGGCUCCAGGAGGCCAUCCGCAUGAAGACGGCGGCCAUGUCCCGCCUGGGGUCCCGCUCGCCUCGCUCCGCCUCCCCCUCCCCCAGCCCCUCCUCCCCCUCCCCCAGCCCCUCCCCUGCCUCCCCCUCCCCUUCCUCCCCCUCCCCCGCCUCCACCGCCAGCUUCAUCUUCGCCAAGAGCCCCCGAAAGGUCGUCAUAGAGACGCCCUCGUCGCCCGAGGGGCAGGCGGGGCUGAAGGCGGAUCUCGCGGCCGAGCUGGCGCGGGUCACCGGUCCCGCCAAAAACGCCAAGGUCCCGCCCCCUGUGGCCAAGAAGCCCGCGCAGCACGCUGACCAGGCCCCGCCUCCCGACCAAACGGCGACCGAAAAUGGCGGGGUGGCCGCGCCCGCCGAGGAGACGCCAGGAGCUCUACCAAAGGAGAACCCCGAAUCAUCCAACACCAAACCAGCAGGUGGCGCACAGCCCGCAAGCACAGACCAAGUGACCUUAUCUCCACCGCCUUGAUCAAUGGACCGACUGACCAAUCAGGACUGUGGGACAUAGUCUCUCAUUGGCCAUUUGUGAGGGAGGUGAAUUAAGUGCAGGUGUCAAGAGAAGGGGGAAAAAAGAAAGUCAGAGAAAGUGAGAGAUGGAGAUGGAGAGGGAGAGGAGAGAAAAGAAAGAAAAGACAUGGAACCAUUGGGAAAAAAAGACUGAAGCCUUGAGAAGACUUGGUGGCCUUAUAACAGCCUUUGUGUUUAUGCAAGAAAGGUGUUGGUCUUUAAUUUCUUAUAAAGUUACAGCUUUUUUGAGCAUUUUUCUGAAUUCCAGAAAGACUUUACUCUGGCUGCUGCCGAAUGCCAUGUCUCCUGGCACAGGGUGGACAAAAAACAUUUGUUUCUGAGGAGUUUUGCUGAAUUCACUGGCAGUUUGGUGAGGCGGUUGCACACAAGGUUUCCCUCUAGUGGUGCAAGAGGAGGAUGACCACCAAGACAUGGUUCAGGUGUGCUUGUUGCUUUGUAUUCAUAAAAAACUGGACACUAUAUCACUUAAAAUAUGCACUAUUCUUUCAUCUAGUUGUUCUGUUAAUCAUCAAAAUCAUCACUGUCGUCACAAUUAAACUAAUUGUUUCCUGUAUAUCACAUAAGCCAUCCAAUCCAAUGUGGAAACACAAAUAUGAGUAUUUUCUUUUCUUAUUUUAGUGUGGUUUCAUCAUUGUAAUUUAGUGGUCUGUUUUUGUGUAGGAAUGAGUAGCCUAUUCCGGCCGGGGAGUCCUGCGUUCACUACAAAGAAAAGAGUAUAUUUACAGAGCUAAGCUACAACAGCACUUUGUGCGGUAAAUGAGCCGCACCUUGUUUUUUAUGGUUGUUUUUUAUUUUUUUUUAUUUUAAUAUUCCUUAAGAUAGCAUUAUGGCACAGCCAUUUUUGAGACCUGUAUUAUGUUAAAUGUGGGCUGGAACUGCUGUUCAUCUUAACUGCUGCGGGGAGUGGGGGGGGGGGGGGGGGGCUGCAUGGCUUUUAAACUCUGUUCCCCUUCAGAGCUCAUGCAGUACAUACACACCUGCUCUACAGGGCCUGUUACACUGUCUGAUUCGAAACCACCACGGUUUUUUCUGUGUGCACCUGAUGUCAUGGCUCGAACCCGUCUCCCUGAACAGGUGCCCCCUCUCCCAUUUUCCCCACAGACUCUCGUUAAAAGACGGUUUGCUCCCUGAAGAGGUUAGUGUUACAGGCAGACAUAAACUUAACAUGAAAAAGUAUUUUUUUAAAAUCAGAUCAUAAAUUUCAUUUACCUUUGUUUCCUGUUGGUAAAAUACCGUUUUCUUCUCUCGUACUAAGUAACAUAUGGUUAUAUGUAUGCGGUGUCCUUUAUGUAAUUUUUUUUUUUGAUAAUCGUUUUCUUCUUGUAAAUUUCAAAUAAAUAGACAACAGUGUUGCUCAGUUCAGAGGGCGUGGUCACAGGACACUUGGGCGGACCGAAGGUGGACAGGAGAGCUGUUGAUAUAUAGCCACACCCCCUUCAUGUGAGGUGUAUUUUAGCCACACCCCCUCCUGUUUUGUGUAAGUUUAGGAACUAUGGGUAUCGAGGAGCCCAGCUUCAGGUGAAUCCCCCCUCCCCCGUGUACCUGACUGAAACCAGGUAUGCACACUUCUGUGUACAUUUGGUUAGACAGACGUGAAUCAAUCCUGACCAGGCAGGGCCUGCGGAUUUGUGGGUUUAAAAAAAAAAAAAAAAACAGCAGCUAAAGAGAGAGUCUCGGCUUGGAAAAGAAGUUCAGUUGUCAGUUUGGUCCCAGGACAGGUGUAAGGUAGCCGGGCUAACCGCAGAUUCACCCCCAAACAGAACAGCGCAGGUAGAGCAGGUCUGCUUUAUAAGUGUCUGCUCUGGGCUCACCUUCUCUUGAAAUGAUUAAACCCGAAAAUCUAAUUUCUGCUUUGCUUUUCUCUUCUAACUGUGGCACAGAUGUCCUUGCUCAGGUAAUCAGGGAAAUGGAAACAAACUCUCAACCACUGUCUGAAAAUUCUACCUUGGAAAUGCAAAAAAACAAACAAACAAACAAAAAAAAUAAUAAUAAUAUUGAUUAAAUAAUGAUGAUAUGCCAAUAAUGUACAGUUUAUUAUUCCUUUGUUCACAAAUGCUAUGAAUAAAUGAAAUGCCUUAGAA